CUCAUUCUCUCUGGGUUGACUCUCUUUUUGCUCAAAGUUCUUCCAUUUCCCUUUCCUCUGUUAAGAUUUGGUGUGGAUUUUGAUGGCGGUGAAGAAGAAGGGAUGUAUCGAAGGCGGUCUGCCAGAGGGAUUGCAGAAGCUGCUGCUUUCUUUAGCUCUGAAAUGGGGAGAUGUGUUAUUAGAUGAUGAAGGUGGUGAUGGUGAUCUUGCAGGUGCCAUAAAGGUGAAACAUUUGAGUGGUGCAAUGACUAAUGAGGUUUAUCAGAUCAGCUGGCCUGCAAAGAUGGAAAGUUUGACCCGGAAAGUUCUUGUUCGGGUUUAUGGCGAAGGGGUUGAUCUUUUCUUUGACAGGGAUGGCGAAAUUCGGACCUUCGAGUGUCUUUCCAGCAAGGGCUAUGGCCCUAAGCUUCUAGGUCAGUUCCCCCAAGGGAGGAUUGAAGAGUUCAUUCAUGCCAGGACGUUAUCAGCUGGCGAUCUGCGAGACCCAAAAGUCUCUAGUCUGAUUGCAGCAAAGUUGAGGGAGUUUCAUGAUCUUGACAUGCCUGGUCCAAAGAAAGUUGUUCUUUGGGACAGACUGAGAAACUGGCUAGAGAAGGCGAAGAGUUUGUGCUCAACAGAAGACAUAAAAGAGUUCGGUUUGGAAGAUUUGGAGGGCGAAAUCGGGUUUCUAGAAAAAGAGAUAUCGAGGGGGGCAGAAGAAGAAGAAGAUAUUGUCGUCGGUUUCUGUCACAAUGACCUUCAAUAUGGGAACAUCAUGAUCGACGAUGAUGCUAAUUGUGUUACUCUCAUUGACUACGAGUAUGCGAGUUACAACCCAAUUGCAUAUGACUUCGCCAACCACUUCUGCGAAAUGGCAGCCGAUUACCAUACCGAGACUCCUCACGUUUUGGACUACACUAGGUACCCUGGGCAAGAAGAACGCCGUAGAUUCAUACGGUCCUACCUGGGUUCUGCAGGCAACCAUCCAAGCAGGAGUAGUGAGGAAGUAGAGAAGCUUGCAGAUCUUGCAGAGAAGUUUACACUCGCGAACCACUUGUUCUGGGGGUUGUGGGGAAUCAUCUCGGUAAAAACACGUCGUUGUUCUUAUUAUACGUGUGUAAAAGUAUCUGGUGUUCGAUCGAGAUGGGGUUAGCGAGGAAACAACAAUGGAUGUUCCUACGUACCAAAUCACAUAGUUCAACUCAUCUAGAGAACAGAGAACAGAGAUAGUUCAACUCAUUCCGUCUUUUGGCUACUUAUUCAUACAAUUUCAUACAAUGAGAAAUGAAAAGCGGCAUUCUCCCUUUACUUUCGAAUAAUCUACUAAUUACUAAUUACUUACUAAUUACAUGUUUGCUUUAUCCGAAUUCCUAUUAUCUAUUCUCUUAUUCUCUAUUAUAUGGACCCUAUCAGCAGUUACUCAUUUUAAAUUGUGUUCUUGCAUUGUUGUAUAUAUAAAAAAAGAGUUGUGCCUCAUAUGUUUUAUUUUUUGUUUUUUGGAAUCUCAGGCUUAUGUGAACAAUAUAGGGUUCGAUUAUCUGGAGUAUGCAAGGCAAAGGUUUCAGCAAUACUCGUUGAGAAAGCCCCAACUCUUCAAAUGAAUCAUGGGAUGAGACGAGAUAACAUGACAUUCGGUCGCGUCUUUUUUUCGUGAUUUUGUCGCACUAUGUACUAUAUUCUUUGGUCAUUCCAUAACGGGCUUUUGUUUGUCCACCUUAAAAAUGAUGGGUCAUAGUUGUACACAACAACGAAUCCAGUAAAAUUCCAUAAAAAAAUGGAGUGCAAGUGAUGUAUAUAGCAGUGGUACGAAUAAUUGAGCUUUUGAUGA